AUGCCUCUCGAACUCGCCAUUUCCUCGCGGGCGCAUUGGCUCAGUCGUCUGCGCUCAUGUCUCCGCCUGCUCAUCAUUGUCCUGAGCGGCGCCGUCGUCUGCAUGCUCAUGCACACGUUUGAGAUCUACCGCGGCAACCGCUACAUCGACCUGCGCAAAGGAGAGCUGCCCAUGAUCUGGCCCGCCCGCACCAACCUCGCCCCCAGCAUCGUCCUCUUCUGCAUCGCCGCCGCCAACUUUCUCGCCUCGGUCGCCAUCCUCACCAUGUCCUUCAAGCGCUCCUUCCGCCGCCCCUUUCGCUCGCGCGACGUCUACCGCGUCGUCGCCGGCAGCUUUGGCGUCGUUACCUGGAUCACCGCCCUCGUCGUCUUCUACCUGCUCAACAAGGCGAGCAAGGCCAGCCUCGGCCGGUACUCGUGCACAAACAAGAAUAUCCUGUCCAAUGGCCGCUACCAGUACCGCGCCGUCUGCGAGGAGCAGGGCGUCGCAUUCUAUACAGCCAUUGGCGCAGCCUGUGCUGAAAUCCUCACCCUCAUCACGCUCGCCAUUUCGGCCGCCUUGGCCGCCAAACACAACCAAGAUCCGCCCCCGACGAUACAGAUUCGCGAGAAGAACAACUCCAUCAGCGCGGGCUCAAAGCUCAUCAAGCCAUUAAAACGGUAG